UGACUUGUUUUUGUAAGCCUUGUACCCUUCGCAUGUAGCCAGCCAGUCUGCGUUUUAUGUUGUUUUUCUUUUCCUCCUAGUAUAUUUCUUUCUUUUGACAGACUCGCACAUUUAAAGCCAGGCUGCUGCUGCUGCUGCUGGGGGGAUUUUUUUGCCGCCACACUGACUGCCGACCAUGGUGAGCAAGACAGAUGACAUCCCGGCGUCAGUGCCGAGCUGUAAUCCGGCUGAUCUUGCAGAUGAAGCCGGCGAUGGAGCCCAGGACGGCAAGGAAACCAGCAAGACACGUCUGAAGGAGUCCUGCGGCUGUGGGCACAGUGCAGAUAAAGCCAUGGUGAACGGUGACGGGGCACAGGAGCACACGGAGGAGGCGGAAUUGAAGCAGGAUGGGAACGGCGAGGUGGACGGAGGAGAGGAGUCUAACGAACAGGAAGUGAUAGUGAUCCAGGACACAGGCUUCACCGUUAAGAUCCAGGCACCUGGGACAGAGCCAUUCGACCUCCAGGUGUCUCCCCAGGAAAUGGUGCAGGAGAUCCAUCAGGUGUUGAUGGACCGCGAAGACACCUGCCACCGCACCUGCUUCUCACUGCAGCUGGAUGGAAACGUGCUGGACAACUUUGCUGAGCUCAAGUCCAUUGAGGGCCUGCAGGAGGCCUCGCUGCUCAAAGUGGUGGAAGAGCCAUACACAGUCCGCGAAGCCCGCAUCCACGUGCGUCACAUCAGAGACCUCCUGAAAAGUCUGGACCCAUCAGACGCCUACAAUGGAGUGGACUGCAACUCCCUCUCCUUCCUCAGCAUCUUCACUGACGGAGACCUGGGAGAUAGCGGUAAGAGGAAGAAGAAGGGCAGCGAGCUGGAGCAGAUUGACUGCACUCCCCCAGAGCACAUCCUCCCCAGUAGCAAAGAUCGCCCCCUGGUGCCCCUCCAGCCACAGAACAAGGACUGGAAGCCUAUGCAGUGCCUGAAGGUCCUGACCAUGAGCGGCUGGAACCCUCCACCUGGCAACAGGAAGAUGCACGGCGACCUAAUGUACCUGUACAUCGUGACUGUGGAGGAGCGCCACGUCAGCGUCACUGCCUCUACUCGCGGUUUCUACCUCAACCAAUCUACUACCUACAACUUCAACCCUAAACCAGCCAACCCAAGCUUCCUGAGCCAUUCUCUGGUGGAGCUGCUGAGCCAGAUCAGCCCCGCCUUCAAGAAGAACUUCACUGCCCUGCAGAAGAAAAGGGUCCAGAGACACCCGUUUGAGAGGAUAGCCACACCUUUCCAGGUGUAUAGCUGGACCGCUCCGCAGGUAGACCACGCCAUGGACUGCGUUAGAGCUGAGGAUGCCUACACCUCUCGUCUGGGUUAUGAGGAGCACAUACCUGGACAGACAAGAGAUUGGAAUGAGGAGCUGCAAACCACUAGAGAGCUUCCCCGGAAAAACCUGCCUGAGCGUCUGCUGAGGGAGCGCGCCAUAUUCAAGGUUCACAGUGACUUUGCAGCAGCUGCCACUCGUGGCGCGAUGGCAGUCAUUGAUGGCAACGUAAUGGCCAUCAACCCCGGUGAGGAAACACGCAUGCAGAUGUUUAUCUGGAACAACAUCUUCUUCAGCCUGGGCUUCGAUGUGAGGGACCAUUAUCGUGAGCUGGGUGGCGAUGCCGCUGCCCACGCUGCACCCACCAAUGACUUGAACGGAGUACGAGCUUACGGGGCCGUGGAUGUGGAGGGUCUGUACACUCUGGGGACAGUGGUGGUGGACUAUAGAGGCUACCGUGUCACUGCUCAGUCCAUCAUCCCAGGUAUCCUGGAGCGCGAGCAGGAGCAGAGCGUCAUCUACGGCUCCAUUGACUUUGGAAAGACUGUUGUGUCUCACAGCAAAUACAUGGAGCUGCUGGAGAAGACCAGCAGGCCACUCAAGGUCCAGAGGCACAAUGUGCUGAAUGAGAAGAACGACAAAGUGGAGCUGUGCUCCUCAGUCGAGUGUAAGGGCAUCAUCGGGAAUGAUGGUCGUCACUACAUUCUGGAUCUUCUUCGUACCUUCCCUCCUGACCUUAACUUCCUGCCUGUGGAUGGAGAGGAGCUUCCUCCAGAGAGUCAGCGCCUAGGCUUCCCCCGUCAGCACCGCCACCGCCUGGCUUGUCUACGCCAGGAGCUCAUCGAGGCCUUUGUCGAGCACAGAUAUCUUCUCUUCAUGAAGAUGGCAGCGUUACAGCUCAUGCAACAGAAAGCAAACAAGGACACUAACAAGAGUGAAACACCUGCUAUCACAGAGACCUCAGAAACAACCACAGAGAGCAAUGCUGAUACAACCCAGACACAGACCACAGCUUCAGAUUCUCCUAGUGAACCUAAUGCAGAGGUCUCUACAGACAACAGCACCUCUGCUGCCUCACAGGCAACGACUGAGGAGGAAGAAAACUCCUCGAAGCCCGCCAGUAACGGGCCUCUAGACCCCGCAACUACACAGAAUGGGGAAUGCAAGAGCCCACUGGAGGGUAAGGAGCUUGAGGAAAUUAUUCCAGGAUUAGCUCAGGCCAAAGAGCUAGCGGAGACCUUAGUUGCCGAAGAUGGAUCUGGUAUUGAUCCCAAAAGCCGCGAGGUCGUCCUCAAUGCCUGCAAGGCAGUCGGCUCCAUCAGCAACACAUCUUUCGACAUUCGCUUCAACCCUGAUAUCUUCUCCCCAGGAGUGCGUUUCCCAGAAGAUAGCGCAGAUGAUGUCCAGAAGCAGAAGCAGCUACUCAAAGACGCUGCUGCCUUCCUGGUUUCCUGUCAGAUCCCAUCAUUGGUUAAAGACUGUUUGGACCACAGCGCUCUGCCAAUGGAUGGAGCCACACUGACGGAGGCUUUGCACCAGAGAGGCAUCAAUAUUCGCUACCUGGGCACCGUUCUGGAUUUUGUGGACAAAACUCCUGCUAAAUCCCAGCUGGAGCACUUCUAUAGAAUAGGAAUCAGUGAGCUGAUCACCAGAUGUGCAAAACAUAUCUUCAAGACAUACCUCCAGGGCGUAGAGUUGUCUGCUCUCUCUGCCGCUGUAAGCCAUUUCCUGAACUGCUUCCUGAGCUCUUUCCCCGACGCUGUUGCCCACCUGCCUCCUGACGAGCUGGUGUCACGCCGCAAAAACCGCAAACGCCGCAACCGGGUCCCCGGUGGUGGAGACAACACAGCGUGGGCCAGCCUGACGCCCAGCGAGCUGUGGAAGAACAUCGCCUCUGAGGCUCUGAGCUACUAUCACUUCACCAUACAGUGUGACAGCGUGGACCAGGUGGUGGAGAAAUACAACCUUCAGAAAUCCACUCUGCUCAGAGAAAUAUCUAUCAAAACGGGCAUCCAGAUUCUGAUAAAGGAGUACAACUUCGACAGCCGCCACAAACCCGCAUUCACAGAGGAGGACAUCUUGAAUAUUUUCCCUGUUGUGAAGCAUGUGAACCCCAAAGCCUCAGACGCCUUCCACUUCUUCCAGAGCGGCCAGGCCAAGGUGCAGCAAGGUUUUCUGAAGGAAGGUUGUGAGCUGAUCAACGAGGCUCUGAAUCUUUUCAACAACGUGUACGGAGCCAUGCAUGUAGAGAUCUGUGCCUGCUUGCGCCUGCUGGCUCGCCUUAAUUACAUCAUGGGUGACCAUGCUGAGGCCCUCAGCAACCAGCAAAAGGCUGUUCUGAUGAGCGAAAGAGUCCUUGGCAUCGAACACCCCAACACAAUUCAAGAAUAUAUGCAUUUGGCUCUGUACUGCUUCGCCAAUGGCCAGCUGUCGACCGCUCUGAAGCUGCUUUACCGUGCCCGUUACCUCAUGUUGUUGGUUUGCAGUGAGGACCACCCAGAGAUGGCACUGCUAGACAGUAACAUCGGACUGGUACUGCAUGGAGUAAUGGAGUAUGAUUUAUCUCUGAGGUUCCUGGAGAACGCCUUGACCAUCAACACAAAGUACCAUGGACCCCGGUCCCUCAAAGUAGCCCUCAGCCAUCAUUUGGUCGCGAGGGUUUACGAGAGCAAGGCUGAGUUCCGCUCGGCACUGCAGCACGAAAAGGAGGGAUACACCAUCUACAAGAACCAGAUGGGUGAGGCACAUGAGAAAACCAAGGAGAGCUCCGAGUACCUGAAGUACCUCACCCAACAAGCUGUGGCUCUGCAGAGAACCAUGAACGAGAUCUACAAGAACGGCUCCAACGCCAGCAUCAUGCCCCUCAAGUUCACUGCUCCCAGCAUGGCCAGCGUCCUUGAACAGCUCAACAUUAUCAAUGGCAUCAUCUUCAUACCUCUCAGCCAAAAGGAUUUAGAAAACCUGAAGGCAGAGGUGCAGAGGCGGCAGCAGCUGCAGGAGUUUGGAAAGAUUGAGGAUCCCAGUGAUGACAGCCCACUGGAACUAGAGGACAAAAUUCCCAUUGAUUAAUGUCUAGACGCCCUCAAACACAACUCCUUUCUGCUAAGGGGAGGGGGGAGGCCGUGACGAAACAGCCAUGUCACUAAGCCUGCGGACCCGAGAACAGAGUGGUCUAAAUCAGCAUUGAAAUAAACAGGGGGAGGGAUGGGUCAGGGCAGUCCAGAGAACAAACUGUAUGAACUGUAGGACAAGGAAUACAGAGCAGAAAUUUCCUACAAGGUAGGAAGGGAGGGAGGAGAAAGUACAAAUAACAUAGAAUCAACGUAAUGUGCAAUGUGAAAAAUCCCCGGCGCUAAGAACUUGGUGAUGAAGUCACUCAAGGUGUUAGUUGCUUAGAAAUAUGGUUGCAUAUGAAGAGUGGUGGCAGCCGGGGGAGGGAGACCAAGGAUGACCAUGACAUUGUAUACCAGAGCCUUAUCCACUGUAUCAUAAUCCCCAAUCACUGCUUCUAUUCAGCUCAAACAUCCCACAGCACAGGACCACAUUUAGCCCCACUAUUUCCCCCAAAGAGCCUCGAAGAACCCAGGGUAUAGCCACCCCCCACCCCUCGAUGGUGCUCUAAAUUAUACAAAGCACUUACCCUGUCCUAGAACUCAGGGGUACUUUCUACUGUGCACUAAAACAAGACAACAGUCACAAAAUUUGAGAUUUUCCAAGUGGGGCUUUAGAAUGUAGAUUUCCUUUUUUUUUUGGUGGUUCCUUUUGAGCCGCUCCGCCGCAAUCGCCCAUCAUUCUUACACGUCCCCGAUGGCUAAUUAAUUUAAACCUUCUAUAAUUUGUACUUACGACAUCCCAGGUGGGUGCCUGCUGUGUCCUAUGGUUCCGGUUUCUCCAAAACAAACAACACAGUGACACAUGAUGAAUGAGCUUUCAACCGGUUGUUUAGUUUUCAAUUUAUUUUGCUGGAUUUUUUUUAUUAUUAUUAUCAUUAUUAGUAAAUAAUGGAUUUUGUAAAAGUGCACAGGAGAAUUAAGAAGGUAUUUUAGGCCUGUUAAUCAUCAUUUAAUUUAAGCCAUGUCUGUUUUAUAGAAAAUGUAUAGAAGUGGAAAAAAGAUGUAUAAAUCUCUAUCAGAUUUAGACAGGUAUUUGAUUGAUGUUAAUGGGAAUCGCAGAUUUGAAAACGUCCACCUUUAAGCAGUAGAUUUAUCUAUAUACUAACUGUGUUCAAUCUUCUAUUUUUACACAUUGAAAUAAUAUGUGCAUGUAUGUUUGUAUGUGUGGCUGUGUGUGUGUGUGUGCGUGUGUCUUUGUGUAGUCCUACAGAAAAUCAUUGGCCAGGGCUGCUGCUUUUGCUGCUGCAUAGUUUGAAUAGAGGCUAAAAGUGAACAUUGGCUUUCCGAAUGUUUUAUUUUUCUACUCAUGGUAAAGCUGUUGGAUGGCUGACGCCUCUUUUCUUGAAACACUCAUGGCCACCAAUGUUGUAAAUCUGUUUUUAUGUAUGAAUUGGUCCUGAAAUUAGCCCCUUCUCACCAAUUGGACAGGUGCUCAACAUUGGUUGUAGUGACUGAUUUAUUGUUUCUGGGUGUUUUUGUUCCUCUUUUUUUUUUUUUUCCCCAUCAUUGGAUCUUGUCAUCUUUUCAUAUGUAAUGGAUACAAAAACCAGCCAGGCGUGUCUGUUCAUUAAGCAGUAUUUAGUGCUCUUUCUCAUGCUGUUUGGAUGUGUGAACAUAUUCACAGCACCACCAAAAGUGGACAAAAGAAGGGCUGUUUCAAUGAGAUGUACCAAAAAAAAACAAAAAACGACUGAUUAAAGGUUUGUGUGCGCUUGUAUACAUGCAAUGUAUCCCUCCCAUGGCAAUUUGUUACUUAAUUGUUGCCGUGUCUAAAAGUAUGUGAUUAAAGCAAUAGAGAGAUGGUGCUGGAAAUUAUUGUUUUUAGUAAUUCAGUUUUUACUUGGCAUACAAAAUGCAAGAUGGACUACUUACUGUACCGGCUGAAAAAACUGCAAAUAAGCGAGCCUUUAAAGAAAAAGGAAAAAAAAAAAACAUAAACAAAAGGUGAGCUUCUCAGACUGGGCAAUGAAGUAUCUACAGUGAUUUUUUCCUGAUUGUGCUCCUAAAAUAAGAUGUUGUAACAUCUACAGCACAGCGUGGUGUGUAUUGUGCCUAUUAUUUAUGCUUCAGAAUGGAACCAGGGUGAAAACAGGUAAAAACUACAGUUUAUAAAGGUGAAAUAUGCUUCUUGGUUUUGUUUUCUGGGCUUCUGUAUCAUCAUUUUUCAGUUUCUUUGAUUUUGUUUUUAAAAAGGUUCAAUGUUUAUCCCUGCUCCUUAUUUCUUUCAACAAAAAAAAUCAAUCUUGUUCAACUGUUAUACCAACAAUAUCCAUAAGGUGGCGCACUAACAUUUUUCUUUUUGUGAUGAAUAUACCUUCAUCUAAACAAGAGGGGAUCUAUUAUACACAUGCAUCAGGUGUUCAGACAAAUUGACGGUAAUUGGCUCCCCGGCCUGAAAUUACAAAGACUGUUGAACAUGUUCUGAACUUGUCGAAAUCCCAACAGCAGUGACUGUUGUUUGGAGAAUUUCAUAGUUUAUGAUGUAGAAUAAACUCAGUGAGAUUGAUGAAAUUAUUUGUCUGCAGAGAUAAUCUAUGUUUAUGGACCAUUGCAGCACAGUGCUACUGUUUAGUUGGACGCACUAAUCUGACUCCUCUCUAGAGUUCAGUGUAACAUUUUCUGUUUUUAAUAGUUUAGCUGUUAAAAGUGCAUGACGUCAUUUACUGUUAUUAGAUGUAUAAACUUCAAAUGUGGAUGAAAAAAACAAGAAGGCAUUAUGGUUUUAUAUUGCAUAAGAUGGAAGUGUAUUUAACACAUUUCAUUUGCAAAUAUUGUAUACCAGUUGCAGCUUCUUUGCUAAACUAAAUGACUCAAACCAAAAGUAAGUGUUGAAUAUGAAUGUUGACUGAAAUCACAUAUACAUACAGACAGUUAUUACAAAUUAUGCAAGCAAUUUUCACAUAUGGAUCUUGCACAAACUGGCAAGAGAAGAAAUAAUCUUUUAUUUGGAGGAAAAAAUGUAUCUAAUAUCUGUCUCAUUAUGUACUUUGGUGCCCACAAGUCAUCUUGCAGUUAUUGUCUGUGUGAUGCCCCAAAUGUCUAAAGGUUUUGUGUUUACCCAGUUGAUGAAAUUUCUUCUGCAGAAGGGCCUUUUUGGCUGAGUGUUUGAGUUUGCUUCCCCUGAUGAUGUGUGCUAUUUGUGUGUUGCUAUUUACAAAUUCAUAAUCUAAUUAUUUUUUGGUCUGAGUAUGCUUUUAUAUUAAAAUGAAUAAAGUAAAACUAGUUCAA